UAUAAAAAAAAAGACUAAACCCUAUUCUCUCAUCUGCUCAGCCACGCGAUUAUCACACAAGUCACCAUGUUAGGUUCAUUGGGCAUGGAGAUUGAAGCUGGUAUGUUCUCGGUUCCCCAAACAAUCUGCAAUAUUUUGUGCUGCAUAUGUGGAAUUCCGAUGCAACCGAACGCUGCAAACAUGUGUGUCAAGUGUUUAAGCUCCCAAGAGGACAUCACAGAGGGGCUCCAAAAGCAAAUCAAAAUCUAUCACUGCCCUGAGUGCGAGAGUUACUUGCAGCAACAACCAAAAACUUGGAUCAAAUAUCUUCGUUUGGAAUCUGAUGAGCUACUCAAAUUCUGCUUGAAUAUGUUGAAGAAGAAAUUGAGUACCAACAAAGUGAGGGUGGUGGAUGCUCGUUUCAUCUGGACUGAGCCUCACUCCAAGAGGAUUAAGGUCAAUGUCAAGGUUCAGAAAGAGGUUCUGAAUGGGGUGAUUCUUGAACAGUCUUACCUCGUCGAGUAUGUUCAGCUGGAACACUUGUGUGACUCUUGCACCAGGUUGGCGGCUAACCCUGAUCAGUGGGUUGCUGUUGUGCAACUCAGGCAACAUGUUUCGCAUAGGCGAACCUUCUUUUAUUUGGAGCAGUUGAUUCUCAAGCACGGUGUUGCGGCCACGGCUAUAAGAAUCAAACAAAUGGAUGAGGGCAUUGAUUUCUAUUUCUCCAACAAAAGCCAUGGUAACAAGUUUGUGCAAUUUAUACAGAAAGUAGCCCCUAUAAGGAGCAAUGGUGAUAAUAGGCAGCUUGUUUCUCAUGAUACAAAGAGCAACACCUACAACUACAGAUAUACUUAUUCUGUUGAAAUUAGCCCCAUUUGCCGUGAGGAUUUAAUAUGUCUGCCUCAUCAUGUUGCUCUAAGUUUGGGAAAUAUUGGCCCAUUGGUGAUUUGCACUAAGGUUACCAACAGCAUUGUUCUGCUUGAUCCAUUCACCUUGAGACACUGUUCCUUAGAUGCCAAUCAGUAUUGGGGAGCAUCCUUCAAGUCUUUACUUACUAGUAGACAGCUAGUGGAGUAUGUGGUCCUGGAUGUGGAGGAGGUUGUGCCAUCUGAGGUGGUUACUGUUGGUGGCACGAAAUAUGCCUUAGCUGUUGUUGAAGUGGCUCGUGUGUCAGAUUUUGGAAAGAAUGACACAAUAUUCUCCAUCAAGACUCAUCUUGGCCAUCUUUUAAAUCCUGGUGAUUAUGCUCUUGGUUAUGAUCUAUAUGGGGCUAAUUGUAACAACAUUGAAUUGGACAUAUACAAAGGUGACCUUCCUCAUGCAAUUUUAGUAAAGAAGAGUUAUGAAGAGAAGCGCUUGAAGAAACGUGGGAAGCCUCGUUCAUGGAAGCUUAAAUCACUCAACAUGGAGGUUGAUGAUAAGGGUAGAAUUGACCCAGACAAGAUGAACUCAGAAUAUGAACAAUUCUUAAAUGAUCUGGAAGAAAACCCUGACCUGAGGUUCAACCUAUCACUGUACCAAAAUAUAGAGUUCCAACCAUCAGAGAUGGCAUCUGUGACUGAUGGGGAAGAGCUACCUUCUGUUCCAUUGGAGGAGUUAUUGGCUGAUCUUGAGCUGGGCGAGGAUGAAGAUGAGGAGGACUUCAUGAUGGAAUAAACAAUAGCAGCUCUAUCAUAACAGAGAAUUUUAUGAAACUUGGUAUUAUUUACUUUAAUGGUGUUUUUCAUAUUUGUUUUAAUUUGUAAUGAUGGGGUGAAAGUUGCGUUGGGAAACUUUGUGACUAUUUUAGUCAAGUUCUGGAUUGGUCUGUAAUGCUCUCUUUAUUUUAUUUUUAUUUAUCUUGCUCUUGGACCUGUUUUAUUAUGGCAAGUUGUUCCCUUAUUUUGAUUA